AUCCAACGCCUAGAAAUCAACCCCUCCACCAACCCCAUACGCACAGCAAAUCACCAUUGUCUCUCGCUCCCUCUACAUUCUCCACCGUGUGCCACUCUCCAACUGCGCCGCUCGCCACCGUCCACAGUUACGCCCAUAUUGAUAUACUUUCUGCAGAUGCAAAUGAAACCAAGUUAACAGCGGUUGACCUCUCACUAGUCAACCAUCAUUGCAACAGUCACCGCCACUCCAUUUGGAGGCAGUGCAGCCAUGGCCCAUUCAGUACGAGUGGCAGCCGCACAGAUGACCUCCAUUAAUGAUCUCUCGGCCAAUUUCAUCACCUGCUCUCGCCUUGUUAAGGAAGCGGCUACAGCCGGUGCGAAAUUGCUUUGUUUUCCUGAGAAUUUCUCCUACGUAGGUGCCAAAGCCGGUGAUAGUCUUACAAUUGCUGAACCAUUAGAUGGACCGAUUAUGAAGCAAUACUGUUCCCUAGCAAGGGAGUCAAAUAUAUGGUUGUCGCUUGGAGGGUUUCAAGAAAAGGGAUCCGACGAUUCACAUUUGUGCAACACUCAUGUGCUGAUUGAUGAUUCUGGGAAUAUCAGAAGCACAUACCGGAAGAUGCACUUGUUUGAUGUUGAUGUGCCUGGAGGUGCUGUUUACAAAGAGAGCAGUUUUACUGAACCAGGAAAGGAUGUUGUUGCAGUGGAUAGCCCGUUUGGUCGUCUUGGUCUCACAGUUUGCUAUGAUUUGAGAUUCCCGGAACUUUAUCAGCAGCUUAGGUUCCACCAUGGCGCAGAGGUAUUGUUGGUGCCUGCUGCUUUCACAACAGUGACAGGGGCAGCGCAUUGGGAAGUGUUGCUUCGUGCCCGGGCUAUUGAAACUCAGUGUUAUGUCAUAGCUGCUGCGCAGGCCGGAAAGCAUAGUGAGAAGAGAGAGAGCUAUGGUGAUACCUUGAUUAUCGAUCCAUGGGGUAUGGUUAUCGGCCGGUUACCUGAUAGACUUUCAACUGGCAUUGCUGUUGCAGAUAUCGAGUUUUCACUGAUUGAGUCGGUUAGAUCAAAGAUGCCAAUAUUGCAGCAUCGGAAGCCUGUUGAAUUUUGGAGAUCAGCAUCGGCUUCUCUGUGAGUUUGAAGGUGCAAUUCUUGUUUCCCGCCUGCAUCAGCAGAUGGCAUUUGUAACUUUACCUCUUUCUGGCUGCUGCAUUUGUGUCUAUAUUAUGUAAACAGUGAUAAUUCAGCUGCUGCUGCAAAUGGAAAUAAAAUUAUCCACUUUCUUUUACCCAUAGA